GAGAGCCGGGCGCUAGUGAGGUGAAGUGCGCACUGAGGACCCCGGGUCGCCUCCGAAGGUUCUUGCGUCUCGCAACGGCCAUGGCCGCCGUUCUCGGGGAGUCCACGGCCUCCACGGCCUGAGUCUCUGCACUAAGUCCUCGGCAUGGCCUCGGUCUCCGUAAGGAUGCCUGUGACCGUGGGCCCAUAUGGGCAGUCGCAGCCCAGCUGUUUUGACAGAAUAAAGAUGGGUUUCAUGAUGGGCUUUGCAGUGGGCAUGGCUGCAGGAGCGCUGUUCGGCACAUUUUCCUGCCUCAGGAUUGGCAUGAGAGGACGAGAGCUGAUGGGUGGAGUUGGCAAAACGAUGAUGCAAAGCGGUGGGACGUUUGGGACAUUCAUGGCCAUUGGUAUGGGAAUACGCUGCUAAUCUGGAGCUUGGGAUUCAUCCCAGAGUGCCCCCACCCAGCCAUUCCUCUGCCGUACAAUAAUAAAAUCUUUAGAUACAUGGAA